UCCACAUCAUCUGUACAAUAAUGUUGUUUUGUUUUUAGUGAAAAAUACUUUGACUGGAUCAUGAAUUUCAUUCUAUUGUUGUCCUUAUAUGCUUCUUUCGGGAUAUGCAUUUCUUCCGGAGUAUGCAGCAAGCAAGCUAGGGCUUCAACAAACGCUGGUACAAUCUAUUUCACAAAGUACUUCUGUUGUAGCCAUUAUGAACAGCAUUCCACUGGAUGUAAAAAAUGUCCAACUGGUUUCUUUUCUGCUGUUGAAUCGCUAUGUGUUCCAUGUGCAGGAGGUGCAUUCGGUAAACGAUGUGCAGAUGUAUGUGCUUGUCAACCAGAUCAAAGGUGUGAUAAUGUGAAAGGAUGCAUGAUGUCAAUAAAUACAUCUAGCCUUAGUUCUGAUUAUUCAUCUGAUAUUGGAGCAAACUGGACUUCCAUAUCUAACUCAAACUCAACAAACGGUACAGUAAGACAGGCAAAGAUUGAUGGGAUGAGGAUCCGAGCGGUAGUGAUUUAUAUUAUAUGUACGACAUCAAUUACAUUGACAGUGACAGUUGCGGUAUUUCUUCUAAUCAAUCGUAGCAAAAGAAACUUCAAGAAAAAAAUGAAAGGCAAAAGACAGAGCAGACAAAGCUGUUCAAACGAACAAUACACCACAAUUUUAUGAAUAUGAACCAGUGUGUGCAUAACAAGCAGGCUAAACACGCACAACUAUACAUGAUAAAUCAGUUUAUCUUUUUUUAUCUAAGCAAUAUAUAUCAUGAGUUUGAUAUGCUUGAAAUAAAUCAUAUGGAC